GAACAUGUUGUAGCUGCAGACUGAACCGUUUCAGCUCCAUCACCCUCUUCUGCUGGCCGGAUAGCGGAGGCUCUGCCGCCCGUGGCUUCCUCCACUCCUGCUGGACCUGCCGCGCCAGGUCGACCGCCCUCAGCCGGGGCUUCUCCCCCGUGUCGGAGCCCGGAGUCUGUUCAGCGGCAGUGGCCUGGCUGCGGCUGAGGGGCGGCGCUGCCUCCGGACACCGGCAGCAGUUGGUCCACGGUUUGACCCGAGUUAAGACGACGUUCAAACCGGAUUUCCAGUCACUACAGGAUAGUCUCCUAUAGCUGUUCAUUGUGAAGUAUAGCUAGCUACGCAGUUCACAUUAGCUUGGAGAUACACACAACUCCAGAGGACACAUGCUCGCUGUUUCCGGCUUUCGACCUCCGGGCCGCACCUUUCAGAAUAAAGGCGUACAAACUUUAUUUUCCACACAAGAAAAUACAAAAUUCUAAUAUUUUAACAGCUGUGAUUUUGGUGACACAUACACUAGUUCAGUCAAAUAAAUAUUUGUUUUGGAUGUGUGGUUGUUAGAGGCUGACUUAACAUUAAUGGCCUGCAGUUUAAUGCUCACACAACAAUUUUGUCAAGUUGCUUUAAAAAAAAGAAAGAAAAUCCAUGUAUGCAGCAAUUUCCUGUGGUGUUGUGUCGUAUUUCCUUUUUUCUGACAAUAGGAAUGCUCGUUUGUGAACCCGCCGCUGCCCGUUUUGUUGAUGCUACUGAAUAUAAUGGUGAUUAGAGAACACCGCCCGUCUGGUAGAUAAUGAGGUAUAAACCGAAUGUAAUUGUUGUCACUCCAAGUUGCUCUAUGGUCUCUGAGCAUACACCGUUUUUUUAUUUUGGUUUUUCUGAAAAUGUAAUUUUAUUUCGCGAAACUGCUCCUAAAUGGUAUUGCUCAUGCAUUGCUCGACCAGAAAUUCCUCGCAGGCUUCAUUAAAUCAGAGGGAGAGGUCCACGUUUUGGUUUUACACAGUAGCCUAUGUAUAUGCUAUAAAAAGCUGCAGACAUGAAGAUCACAGACAGCGUGUUACGAAGUUUCAGGGUUGCCAGAACAUAUCGAGAAAAUUCCCAGAAAGUCAACUGUGUGGACUUCAGCCCAAAUGGUGAAAAUGCAAUAUCAAGCAGCGACGACGACUGCAUUGUGUUAUAUGACAUCCGGGAGGGAAAACCUAAAAGCACCCUGUUCAGUAAGAAGUAUGGAGUAGACCUCAUCCGUUACACACAUGGCGAUACGCAGACAGUGGUCUACAGCUCCAACAAACUAGAUGAUACCAUCCGAUAUCUGUCACUAACUGACAACCAGUACAUCAGGUAUUUCCCAGGUCACACUGCAAGAGUUAUUGCACUCUCCAUGUCACCAGUCGAUGAUACAUUUAUCUCGGGCUCGUUGGACAAAACAAUCCGGAUCUGGGAUCUGCGUGCUCCAAACUGUCAAGGUCUGACUAACCCGCUGGGGAAACCUGUAUGCUCCUUUGACCCUGAUGGGUUGAUAUUUGCUGCUGGGGUGGAAUCACAGGCCAUUAAACUAUACGAUCUCCGUGCUUUUGACAAGGGUCCCUUUGCCUCAUUUGAGACGAGGUUUAAUCGCUUCUGUGACUGGACUGGGCUUAAAUUCAGUAACGAUGGAAAACAGAUUCUCAUCUCCACCAAUGGAGGGAUGAUUCGUGUCCUGAAUGCUUUCAAUGGAUCUGUGCUGCACACUUUUUCUGGCUACAACAACAGUAAAGGCAUCUCCCUGGAGGCCUGCUUCACUCCUGAUUCUCAGUUUGUCAUGAUUGGCUCAGAGGACGGCAGAGUCCAUGUUUGGAGCACUGAGAGUGGGAUGAAGGUGGCUGUGCUGGAUGGGAAACAUCCAGGACCCAUCAACACUCUGCAGUUUAACCCCAGAUACAUGACAUUUGCCAGUGCCUGCACUAACAUGUUGGUGUUAGAUUCAUACAGAGAGCCAGCACACAGCUGGGACAAGGAUUACGAUCAGUUCCUGCUUCCUCUGCUUACGCCUCAGGAACCCUGCUAUAUCCUCUACCGUCUGGACUCCCUGAAUGCACAGGGAUAUGAGUGGAUCUUCAUCGCCUGGUCACCUGACCAAUCACCAGUGAGGCAGAAGAUGGUGUAUGCAGCGACCCGUGCCACACUGAAGAAAGAGUUUGGAGGAGGUCACAUUAAAGAUGAAAUGUUUGGCACAGUCGAGGAUGACCUGUGCUUCCAGGGAUACCUGCGACACAUGUCCUCCUGCUGCUCCCCGGCUCCGCUAACAGCAGCUGAGCAGGAAUUACAACGAAUUAAAGUCACAGAGGAUAAAGUUGUGUGGGAUGAACGUAGACGAAUUGGAACUCCAACAGCACGAGCAAGGGUUACAAUGGAGUUUGGCUUGGACAAAAGGGCACAGACUCUUCAAGGUCUUGCAUUCCCAUUACAAGAAGAGGCCAAACGAGCUCUGCAGCAACUCAAGCAGAGACGCAUCAACUACAUACAGCUGAGGCUGGAUGUGGAGAAAGAGACCAUUGAGCUGGUUCACACCAAACCAACGGAGACCCACGAGCUUCCCUACAGGAUUCCCACGGAUUCACCUAGAUACCACUUCUUCAUCUUCAAACAUUCCCACCAGGGCCAGCGGCAGGAGGCACUGGUGUUCAUAUAUUCGAUGCCUGGGUACACCUGUAGUAUCAAGGAACGGAUGUUAUAUUCCAGCUGUAAGAACAGGCUACUGGACGAUGUGGAGAGAGACUACCAGCUAGAGGUCACCAAAAAGAUGGAGAUAGACAAUGGCGACGGCCUGACAGAAGACUUUCUGUACGAGGAGGUCCACCCAAUUGAACACACCUUAAAGCAGGCCUUUGCCAAGCCCCGCGGACCAGGAGGGAUGAGGGGUAACAAACGCCUUAUCAAGGAUGCAGGGGAGAACGGGGAAGAAAGUUAG